AUGGCGACUACAACAAACCCUGACGGGUCUGAAGACGUGAAUGAUUUCCUGCUGCGCAUCCGAGAACUCGGUGAGCAGCGCGACAAGGAAGAUCAAGAGCGCACCAAGAAACUGGAAGAUGAGAUCUUACAGGGUCGCGCAGAAAGACAGGCCCGCCGAGCUGAACGAGCACGAUCGAUCGCCGGCUCACCAUCCCUAAAUCCCUCAAGGCUGAGUGCAUCAUCCCUCCCCCAGCCUUCCAUCGAGCCUCCGGAGCACCUCGAGCCGACGGUGCAGACACAAGAUCCUGAAACAGCGACUGCGGAAUCAACCUAUACUCUCGAAAGCGACAAGAGACGCGGGUCGGUGCAGGACCCGGGAAUGGAAUCUCCACGAGCGAUGCCCACCUUGCAGCGAAGCCGAACGGGAACCCUGUCAUGGCAGCAACGCCCGCCAUCACGGGAUUCGCGUGAUUUUGGAAACAGGUCGCCUGGCUCCACAUCACCCACUCGUUCCAGUCACCUGCGGAAUGCGUCAACAGCAUCGGAUGAGAACUCGCUGUCGCGUGCCCAGAUUACGAACUCGCUUGGUUCAAAGGAUCCUUCCUGGUUCCGCCAGACCCCAGACCGAGGACUGGGCUCGCCAGCAUUCCGAAAGCCAGAGGAGCGGCGAGGUAGUCAGGUAGAAUUGGGCAUGAGUCGGCAAUUACCAGGCAUGAGCCGCGAAUCGACGAUGGAACCGGAAAAAACAGACGUGGCAGAGGAAACACCUGUGUCGCCGCCGCGAACUGCUUCCACGAUUGGCGAGAGCAGCAGCAAUCGAUACUCAAGUGUGUCGUCGGCCUCUCCGCCAAGUGGAAUAGGCUCGCCGCCGACCUUGACAGACGCCCCAAAACUCGAUCCGACCCAUACUGAGUCUCCCUCCGAGGAGUCGGUGCCACCGUCCCCCACACAACGACGAAUGUCUCCGGAUCGGUCUCGCUCGACUUCCCCCACCAAGGGCCUCGGUGGAUUUGUACAAAGUGCUAUGAUGAGGCGAUCAGACAGUGUCUCCAAACGAUGGAGCGCUCAACUCCCACAGGGACUUAGCAGGUCCAACUCCAUUAUCAGCAACCGUAAUAGUGUUGCGGCACCGAGCCUGACCGGUAGUAUAAGUGACCUAGCUCCUGUCACUUCCGCCUCGCAGUUGAACCGGGAAACUUCGCAGCUGCCUACCCAGCGUCCUGGGUCGAGCCACAGCGAGGCAACAGUCCACCCUUCGGAGUCCAUUGAUAGACCCAAGACACCCACCGGAAAUGCCAGUACUUUGCGCUCCGAGGGCAGCCCGAGCAGACCGGUCCGUUAUGGUCACUCCAGAACUGCGAGCACGGCCACUGUCGACAGCCAAAGCGGAGAAACGUCAAGUCCAUUCACCUCGAGAACGAUGGAUCCCAGACGUUGGAGCCCGAACAAAGCCAGUUGGCUGGAGAGCGCUCUGAAUCGACCCAAUCCCGAAUCUCCACGACAGGCGACGCCCCAACAGCCUGCCUGGGCCAGAGAUCGUCAGUCAAGGGGUAGUGUUGACCUGGGACGGGUGAGAAACUUCAAGGAAGUUACCCCGGCUGGUUUGAUGCGAACGCCCCCGCCAGGCAGUCAUUUCAAGAAGCCUAGCCUUUCUGCUGCCCCAUCAGUAUUUGACACUCCUAAUGCUAGCAAGGCCAAGGAGACUGUGGCGGAUUUCCCCUUUCCUGUCAUGGACACCGAAAAACCGUCCACGAAGCUUGAAUCAGCUGAGGAGAAGCCAACCGAGGAGAUCCCCGAAAAGAUUCUUGAAGAAACAUCCGGAGAGAAAGUCGAGGCGAAUCAUGAGCCUGUGCCUGAACCCGCGGAAGAAGAGACAGAGCACUUCUCUCCAAUUGUACCAGAGGCUGAACCUUCCCAGACCGAGGCGGAGCUUGAGAAGGUCUCAACCCCAGAAACGACUCGGAAGCUGCCACCUCUCAAUUUGAGCCCGAAGCCAAACUUCUCGCUCCCUUCUCGAGCGCCCUUAUCGCCAAAACCCAAGCCAGAAUCUCCCGUUGUUGAUUUCAGAGCAAAUCUGCGCAAGCGAGAAGUUGUGAAGGAUAGCGGACCGGAGAAGGAGCCUGAAUUCAAGAAUGUCUUUGGCAAGCUCAAGAAGACCGAAACUCGCAACUACAAGGCACCGGACGAACUCAAGGGUAAUAUCUUACGAGGCAAGGCUGCUUUGAAUAUCACCGGGGGUCCUAAGAAGACCGAACGAGUUGAUGAAUUUAGACACAGUCUAGUUAUGACGAAAGAGGCGAUGAAGGCCGGAGGAGGCUCAAUUAGGCGAAACACCAUCGAGGAAAAAGAUGCACCGACCGAUAUGAUCCCAGAAGCUAUUGUGAAGCGUCACACCAUGACCAAGUCGAGUAGCUUCAAGCGCACCAGUACCGACGAGCCAAUGUCACCCGCCACUAACGAUCCUGGCUCCACACCUACGUCGCCACAUAAGCUGGCUAGUCCUGCGCGCACUGCUGUAGAGGCCGUUGAAAUGGAAGCGCCACGAGAACUCUCUCCAACUGCAAGUGAGCCCAAGGCGGCUGAUAUGAAUUCGCUUCCCAGCCCAAUCACUAGCCCGAGUCAUGAAGAAUCUCCCAAUGAUGUGGUGGAGACCAUUGAACCGAUCAUGGAUAAGGAACGAAAGGGCUCCACCGAAUCGGCCAGCUCGAUGCGUGGCCUGCCAUCGGCUAGGAGAGCCGCCGCAGCUGCGGCUGCGAGGGCUGCUUCCCCAGGUAUGCCUAUGACUGGACAAGGGAAACUUGCAGGCCGAAUCAAUCCUGCUUUAGCAGGCCUGUUGUCUCGUGGUCCCCCGGCAGCUGAAGGGCCGAAGAAGGAGGCAGUCGUUUCUCCCUCGUGGGAGAGCGACUCUUCCUCGCCCUCGGCGCCUCUGAACCACAUUACGAAAGGCCGCGCCAGGGGUCCCAAGAGACGGUUGCCCAAGGGAGAAGCUGCUCCUGCAGUUUCAUCUGCUCAGGAUACCGAGGUGGGUGCUAUUUCGUCUCCUGAACUCAGCCCUCAGACAAGUCCCGAGCCUGUGAUUCCUUCGGGAACCCAGUCGGAGAGUGUGUCAAGGGAAAGCUUGGUCAUCGAUACUGAACAUGCUCAAAUAGAGAGCCCCGUUGCCAAGCCCCUUCCGCCAGUAAACACCACCACCACCACCACCACCUUCCAGGACGUUCUCAACAGCGGACUGCAGAGGCUGAGAAACAUCUCUCCGAUCUCCUCGAGCUUUCCGAAAUCCGUCAGUACUCGUUCCUCCGAAGAGAGUGUGACCCGUGAUAUCGAAUCACCGAGGCCCGACAGCCCAUCGACCAGGCCUCCUGUUCCGCCGAAGCUCAGUUCUUCACCUUCACAUUCGUCAUCUCCCGUUUCUCCUGCACCCAGAAAUCAAUGGAGCCAGCGAUCGCGGUACGCUUCAGCCUCGCCAUCUCCUCUCAGGACGAGCUUCCGAGAGAACCAGAUCAACCCCCUGGGAACACUACGACAAUCGAUUCCAGCUGUCAUGGUUGCAACCUCAUCUCCUCAAGAGAAGAAACUGCCUUCUCCGCCAGAGUCUUCUAAGCCGCUUGAGUUUUCCCUUGGCAAGCCUGCUGAACAUAGACUGUCGCGAAAGAUGUCUGCACCGUCACUCGUUGCACAGGCGGCAGAUGCUCGAGAGGUGAUUGGGACUUUCUUCAAAACAUUCCCUAGCUCUCGGGAUCGCAUGGACAUUGAUCCGCAGUUGAUGCUCACUAGCCAAGCUGAUGCUGCGAAGAUCCGAACUCUGAAGCGUCAGAUCUGGGAAUUCACUGGUGAUGGCAAGCGACAGGAGGUGCCCGUCAACCAGGAGUACGUUCUGUAUGAGGGCAGCAUGUACCUUUGUGUGCAUUUGUUCGAGGCGCAAAACAACAAUAAUUCCGAGGUAUACCUUUGGUGUGGAGAUGAUGUCUCUGAGGCAGCCCUGGAGGAUGCGCAGUUGUUCGCUCGCAAGGUUGCCCGUGAGAAUGGCUGCAAACUAGAGCCCAUCAGGCAAGGAAAGGAGCCGGUGCGGUUCAUUCAAGCCCUCGGUGGUAUCAUCAUCACUCGUCGCGGACAAAACUCUCGCCAUACCUCGUCGUCCCUAUACAUGCUUUGCGGACGGAAGCAUCUAGGCCAAAUGGCCUUUGAUGAAGUCGACUACUCAUUACGAAACCUUUGCUCCGGCUUCCCCUUCGUGAUCUCCGCUCCCUUCGGCAAGCUCUAUUUGUGGAAGGGUAAGGGCAGUGGUCCCGAAGAGACUGGCGCAGCUCGCUUGAUCAGCAUGGACCUAGGCCUAACGGGCGAGUUUGAGGAGGUCGACGAGGGGCAAGAACCCGAAUGCUUUUUUGAUGACUUCGCGGGAUCCAAUGAGACGAACCCACUGAUGACGCCGGAAUACUGGAAAUUGAAGCCGAAGGAUGACCACUAUCGCACUCGACUUCUUCGCGUCGAUCACCAACUCGGCCAGCCAACCCGAUUCUGGGGCAUGCGCCGUCCCGGCUCGGGCUCACCAGUCGUUCGUCCGAACGACUGUGUCCAGGAAAUUGAGCCGUUUUGCUUUAAAGAUCUAACUGAACGUGACGUCUAUGUGCUUGAUACAUUCUUUGAGAUCUACGUCAUCGUGGGCGAUCACGCAUCACAAAAGUCGGCCGACUUUGCAUCGGCCGUGGUGUUCGCACACGAGUACGGCAUUCUAGCAGCUUCACUCCAGGACCGACCCUUCAUCCCGAAGAGCUUUGUCGCACUGGGCGGGAUUCCAGAGCGGUGUCAAAGUGCCUUCCGCAAAUGGGAUCGGCUAUCACUGCACGCGCCCUGCGUGUUCCCUCUCGAUGUGGCGAUCGAGGCAAUCCGCUCUCAGGAGCGCGGAGAGUAA